AUGGCCGACAUUGACAUGGACGUCGACAUGGACAUUGACCUCGGCUUGGACCCCGAAAUCGCCCAACUCGAGGCUGAGGCCAUGAAGAUUGAAGCCCGCUCCACCCAGAUCCACACCCAAGAUGACUCGACAACCGACCUUGCCGACAACCCCGACGAACUUGCCCCGACCAAGAUCCACAUCCGCGGUCUGGACAACCUCACCACCGACAACAUCAGACAAUUUGCUGGCGAGUACUAUUCGCUAGACGACUUCCAACGCGUCGAAUGGAUCGAUGACACGUCCGCCAACCUCAUCUACGAAUCAGAACAAGCCGCACAAGAAGCCCUGAUUGCUCUUUCCGACCUACCAGACGGCCACAAUGUCGCUCCUCUACACAUGCGCAGUGCCAAACCCCUGCCUUCAAACCCUGACACCCAACUCUACAUCCGCCAAGCCACCCUUGCCGACAAGAAGGCUCCUCGCGCCCACGAAAGAAGUCGCUUCUACCUCAUGAACCCAGACCACGACCCGAGAGAACGCAAGGGAGACUACGACAACAGAAGGAGAGGCCCACCGCGAAGAGACAACAGGCAAAGAAGCGAAGCGCCCAAGCCCUUCGACGUCAAUAUGUACGAUGAUGCAGAAGAAGAGUCGCCGACACUCGGCUACGACGACCAAGACGACCGCAGAAAUGCACGACGCAGGGACGAUCGUCCAAGGAGGCAGCGUGGAGGUGAUCUGUUCGCCGCAAAGGAAUCAGGCAGACUACGCGAUCGUAGUGCCUCUCCUGUAAGAGAUGGUGAUGGAAGAUACGGCUUCAACCAGGAGCAGCCAGAACGCAGAACAGCUCGUCGCAGGACCAUCUCACCCGCUCCUCGCAAGAAGGACCUCUUCCCUGCAGCCCGCGCCAGCAACGGCCCGAUCGAACUUUUACCUGCCAAAAGCUCCACCAAGACCUUCGGCCUCGAUGCCCCUCUUACCUCAACAAGCCCUCCCAAACGCAACAGAGAACUAUUCCCCAACAAAUCUGCUCGCAGCAAUCACCGCCGAUCAGACGCUCUCGACGCUGGUGAGACUGCCACCAUCAGGCGUACCCUGGCUGAUCGCAUAACUGGCGGUCCAGACACAAGUGGCUUCAGCAUCAGAGGUAGUGCGCAAGCAGAUGUACCAGGCUUCUCAAUCCGUGGUGCUUCUCGAGAAGUCAAUCCUAAAGUCAAGGAACUGUUCCCUUCCAAGUUCAGCGGUGGAGCUGAGCCGAACGACUUGUUCGCCGACAAGAUGAGGGAUCGCAAUACUCAACGCAGACGUGCCGAGGACAUGAUGUAG